AUGUGGGUUGUCGCAAAGAGAGAUUGAUCUACCGUGAAGUUCAAUUUGCCCAGCUCUGUUAUACUAGCUUUCCUUUCAUCCUUUCAGCCUGUCACUUUCUUUGUCCGCCUACUGAACCUGGACGCUUGGCACAUCACUCUCUCCGUCUUAUCAGUCCGCAAUGGCACCCAAACGUAGCAGUAAAGCGAGCAAUAGCGUUCCGAAGUCCACCCGGGCGACCAAACAAGCCCAGAGCGUACAGAAGCCAUUGGCAGCGGGCCGAGAAGCUGACAGGCUCCAGAUAGAUGGCACAGCGGCUCUAGGGUUCGACAAUGCCCGGGAGAAGGCGCCGGCGGCGUCCGGACGGACAUAUAGUUCCAAGGGAGCGAGCUGGGUUGACGUGGACGCUCCUGUUCCGCCUUUUGGGAGCAGAAAGCGCAAGAGGAGAGUCGUUGAAGCCCGAGACGAAGCUCCGAUCGAAGACGCAGGUGACGAGCGAGACGGAGAUGCAGACAAGCAGUUUCUCGACGAAGCGCGACGUCAGUUGAAGCGAAGCAAGCGGGAUGACUGCAGAGAGAUCGUGCGGUAUCUCCGCCGUAUUGAGCCGGCUACACAUCUGGCAGAUGCACACAUCGUUUCCGUCGAGCAGGCUCGCAGGCUACUGCAAGGCGACCGCAUCCUGACCGCACCAGUCUUUGUUGCCCACGCGGCCAACACGGCCGGCAUCCUGGCCCCGGAGUCAGAUGAACGACCCGUCGAACAAUUGCUCGCCUGGUUCCAUGAUCCGACUGAGCACAUAUCAAGAGGCAAAGAGCUGGGUCAGAUACGGCAGCGCUUCGUAGCCAAUCGACGCCCAUCGGGAACACCGUGGAACUUUCCAGACACGCCGAACCCAUUUCACCAUAGCGGCAUACCCUUGUUCCUGCAAGAUCCGAGUUGCAAUGUGCUGGCCGAUGUUGUGCGAGGCGUCUUCGAUAUCUCUGCAGGAGUAAUAUGUACAGAUGCCUGCACGAAUGAGAGGACAAGCAGCCCACACUGCUGCAAUGAGCAUCUCACCCAGGCCGUCGAACUCAAGACUGGUUGGCGGCAAUGGUCCGGAGCGAUUAUGUUUGCAGAAGCCGGCGCUGUAACCGAGGCGCACUGGGAUUACUGGGGCUUUUCAACCUGGGUGACGUGCCUCGAGGGCGAGAUGGGACUCGGCUUCCUUCCGGACGCAACCGAAGCCGAUCGUAUAGCGCUGCUGGAACAGAGGCUCCAGCCAGAUAACAGGUGGCGAUACAGAUUCCUGAGGCCAGAAGACACGGUAUACUUCAGCGGCGGAACGCCACAUCUUUUCUUCAGACUGCCGGAAGGGCGCCAGACGGCUGGCCUUGGUGGACAUAUUGUUCGUAGGCCUGACGUGGAGAGCUGGAUCCGUCUGAACAGGCUGCGGGUGGAGGUUGAGGAGAGGGAAGGCGCCAACUUGGAGAACGCUGAUGUGUAUCGGGCGCUGGUGAUCGGAAUCGAUCACUGGCUUGAACAGGUGAAGCCAAAGGGCUUGAAAAGGAUUAGAGCGGAGUUGAAGCGGCUUCGGACAGUAGUGGACCGGCUGUGAGUAAAGUCUGGCGUUAUAGCAGCGUGUGAGCAUCACUAUCGUGCCAGUCUGGCAAAACACACGUCCAUCGUACAAGCGGCCGCGUGUGAUUUCUCACAAGCCCAAUACAUAUGGUCGUAGCAAUCCUAUCGGAAGCGAUCAUCUCUCCUACGCUCGUGGAAUGCGUUCCGAGCUCGCGGGCUGGGAUGCGGA